GCACCCGCUCGCCUCUCGGCCAGUGCGGAGUUCCCGACCCGCUGCCGCCCCUCUGAGCUCUCUGCGCCCGCGCUGCCCUCUGGACACAAGAGACGAGGUGCUGAUUGGAGGCCUGCGGAGGGCACCACACCAGCUCUGCACCAGGCCCAGGCUGCCCUGUCACCAAGUUGCUGCUGCAGGGCAGAACCAUGAGUGGUGUCGCGAGUGGCCUCGCCGCCCUGGGGCUGGCGCUGCUGCUCUGCGGAGCCCAAGGCUUCUUCCUGCCCAACGCCACGCAGCUGGAGAGCCUGCUCAGCAGAUACCAGCAGGCGGAGCCGCACUCCCGCGCCCGGAGGGCCAUCCCCAGGACAGACCGGGAGGAGAUCCUCAUGCUGCACAAUAAGCUGCGGGGCCAGGUGCACCCCCCGGCCUCCAACAUGGAGUACAUGACCUGGGACGAAGAGCUCGAGAGGUCAGCGGCCGCCUGGGCGGAGGAGUGCCUCUGGGAGCAUGGCCCCGCCAACCUGCUGGUGUCCAUCGGGCAGAACCUGGCCGUGCACUGGGGCCGGUACCGCUCUCCGGGCUUCCACGUGCAGUCCUGGUACGACGAGGUGAAGGACUACACCUACCCCUACCCCCACGAGUGCAACCCCUGGUGCCCCGAGAGGUGCUCGGGGGCCAUGUGCACCCACUACACGCAGAUGGUCUGGGCCACCACCACCAAGAUCGGCUGUGCCGUCAACACCUGCCGGAGGAUGAACGUGUGGGGCGACAUCUGGGAGAACGCCGUCUACCUCGUCUGCAACUACUCUCCAAAGGGGAACUGGAUCGGAGAAGCCCCCUACAAGAGCGGCCGGCCCUGCUCCGAGUGCCCGCCCAGCUACGGAGGCAGCUGCAGAAACAACCUGUGCUACCGAGAGGAGACCUACGGCCAGAAGCCCGAGACGGACGACAUGAACGAGGUGGAAACGGCCCCCGUCCCCGAAGAGAAGCACGUCUGGGUCCAGCCCAGGGUGGUCAGACCCACGAAGCCCAAGAAGACCCCCGCGGUCAAAUACAUGACCCAGGUCAUCCGCUGUGACACCAAGAUGAAGGACAAGUGCAAGGGGUCUACGUGCAACAGGUACCAGUGCCCAGGAGGCUGCCUGAGCCACAAGGCGAAGGUCUUCGGGUCCGUGUUCUAUGAGAGUUCGUCCAGCGUAUGCCGGGCCGCCCUGCACGCCGGAGUCCUGGACGACAAAGGGGGCCUGGUGGACAUCACCAGGAACGGGCAGGCACCCUUCUUCGUCAAGUCUCAGAAACACGGCGUGGAGUCCUUGAGCAAAUACAAGCCCUCCAGCUCGUUCAUGGUGUCCAAAGUGACAGUGCAGGACGUGGACUGCUACACCACCGUGGCUCAGCUCUGCCCAUUUGAGAAGCCGGCCUCCCACUGCCAGAGAGUCCGCUGUCCUGCGCGCUGUAGGGACGAGCCGUCCUACUGGGCCCCCGUGGUUGGCAGCAACGUCUACGCAGAUAAGUCCAGCAUCUGCAGGACAGCCGUGCACGCCGGCGUCAUCGGGGACGAGAGCGGCGGGUACGUGGACGUGAUGCCUGUGGACCAGAAGGCGGCCUACGCGGGCUCGCUCAGGAACGGCGUGCAGUCUGAGAGCCUGAGCUCGCCCGGGGACGGGAAGGCCUUCCGGAUCUUUGCCGUCAGGCAGUGACCGCUCACCACCGGGACACGGGCGUCUGCAGCAGGGCUUCGCGGUUUUGCUUUGGUUUUGACUUUGUCGUCUGGGGUCGGGUGGGGUGGGACUGCCGAGAGUCGGGGAGCUUCUGUGGAUGGCGUUCAGGGCCACGCCCUCCGUGGCCUUGGCCAGGGUGACGUGGGACCCCUCUGGAGCCAGGCCUCCGGGGCUGUCUGCUCAGCUCUCGGGCCUGGGCCUCCACUGGGCCUCUCCCCCUCUAGGGGUCAGUGCCAAGGUGGAGGGGAGGACCCUGAGCUCUAGGGAGAAGAGGGUCCAGAGCUGGAGACGGAGGUGGGGGGCGUGGGGCGGUUGGGGAGCAGGUGCAGGGAGUCUGGGAAACGGGGUAUAAAGUAGUUAUUUAAAAAUAAAAAAGCACAGUCCGUCCCUGACGUGGAGGAAGGUGGGCUUAGUGUUUGCUGGUCAGACAAGAGCGCUGGGCCGGCGGGAGCCUGCGGCUGGCCCUGGAGGCGCCCGCGGCCCGCAGUCCUGGGGGCUGAGCUCAGCAGUGCUGGUGCCUGAGACCCCGGGGCCCAGAGGUCUGUGUCCUCGCUGCCUCCUCCCUGUGGCCUGUCUGUUUUCCGCUGUGACCUUUGGUCUCGUUGAGGACUGAUGACCAGGACCCUCCCUCCCCUCUGCCCGGCCUGCACCGCCCCUGGCUGGCCUCGGGGCUCUCUCUGGCAGGCAGUCCCGCGGGCCACUUCUCUGAGCUCCAGGCUGGGCGCCACUUCUUAAAUGACUGUGCGACAGGCCGGCCCCCAUCUUCACUGACCUAUUAAAAAAUAGGUCAGCAGGGGAGGAACGGAUUCCUAGGCACAUUCCUCACCGAGGUUAGCGGCUCUGCCUGUGGCCGCGACCCCACCCGGCCGUGGACAGCAGAGGGACGGCAGGGCCCGGAGGUGCCUCCUUUCCAGUUUCUGUGGGGCGCGUCCUGGGACGCGCGGCACCUGGCCCCUGUCUCCCUCUGCCCUUGUGGGUGCCAACCCUUCCACCCCACGUGGCGCAGGGAGGGGGCUGUCAGCCUGUUGGGUAGAAGCCUAGAUCCCACCUGGCACCUGGGGACCUCGCAAUGCAAGGUGCACCCUGCCCGCUGGCUGUGGCGGGGUCACCGCUGCAGGACAGUCGGAUUGCUGGCUGGGUCUUGGACACUCCUGGGGGACCCUGUGGUUGGCUUCUGGGGUGUCCCCCCCGGGAAUGGAGGCUUCCAGUGUGACGGGCCCCACAGCCCUGGGCCCCCUCCCCUCCUGGGCAGCCUCCAACCGGAGGAGUGUCCUCCCGGGGCCACACCUGGCCGUCUUCUUCCCCGGGACCAUUUGAAACUGGAACCAUUUCCUUCCCCAGAAAAUGGGAAUAGGACACAAAGGAUAAGCCCCUGUGACCAGGGACCACCUCUGCCUGCGGUCAGCAGUGCCCGGUGCCUUCCGCACAGCCGUGCCCGGGAGACGGUGCCAGCCAGGGCAUCGCUGGGCCUCCUGCCCCACAAACGUCUGCACUGGCUUCAGACCCUCGCCCCCUGUGCUCCGAGGGCAGCGGGCCCCCUAUUAUCUGUAGGCUCACGCAGCCCGCAGUUGACGUGUGUGCUUUUUUCUAUGAAAAACGAUGUAUUUUACUACUUCCUGUGUACAAAAGUUCAUUGUGAAUGUUUUCUGUGCUUUGCGUGAACACGGGCCACGGUGUUGUUGCUGUUAUUUCAAUAAAACUGGUUUGAUUUCUAA